AUGCCUUCGCGCACUCGCCAAGGUCCCGCCGACGAGGCAGAGGAUGAGACUGGUCUUCGCAGUCUGUCCUUCAGUCAGCCCCUCUCGUGGCGCGUGGGGCGCGCCGCCAUUCCCAUCGCAGAUCUCCUUGAACGUCUGCAAACGCUCUCCCAAGAACUGCGCAAACUGGAACAGGAAGAAAUCGAUAAAGAGUCCCUGCGCAAGGUUUCCCAAGAGCUUGCUAGUGCCCAUCUUCUCGCGCACAAGGAUAAGGGAGUGAGGGCCUGGGCCGCAUGCUCCAUUGUCGAUGUCUUGCGACUCUGCGCACCUGAUGCGCCGUUCACCAGGAAUCAGCUCAAGGAUAUCUUCACAUGCAUUAUCACCUCCAUCAUCCCCGCACUUGCGGACCCGUCCAACGCUUACAAUGCGCAACACAUCUAUGUCUUGGCCUCGCUUGCUGAAGUCAAGAGUAUCGUCCUCAUGACAGAUCUGGAUCAUCCGGAUUCGUUGAUUGUCCCUCUCUUCGCUAGCUGCUUUGAUAUAGUUUCGGGGUCAUCGAAGGCCUCCACCGGCGAGGAGGUGGCCAAGGGAGUCGAGUUCGACAUGACUCGACUACUCGUUACGGUAAUCGAUGAAACUCCAGUCCUGGCUCCUGAGGUGGUUGAUACGAUCGUGGCUCAAUUCCUACGGGUUGACCCUCGUGUUUUGGAUAACUCCAAGAAGGGCAAACGUCCCGAUACACCGUUGGACGCCAAGCAGGAGACUCUUUUGCUGAAGGAUUACCCUCCGGCCUACGACAUGGCGAAGUCAAUUUGCCAGGCCUGCCCAGAGCGAAUGACCAGUCACAUCAGUCAGUACUUCAACAACGUGAUCAUCGACGCUUCUGCCCCUGCCGGCCAGGCCAACGGGUCCAAGCCCGGCGCUCGAAAGCCGAAUCUUGACGACUCGGAUGAGGAGGGAGAGGAUAUCAAGGACUUAAGCAAGGCGCAUCGAUUGAUACGAGAACUUUGGCGCGCUUGCCCCGAGGUCUUGCAGAAUGUUAUUCCGCAGGUAGAGGCUGAGUUGUCUGCAGAAUCCGUAGCUCUGCGGCUGCUGGCUACCCAGACUAUCGGAGAUCUUGCGGCGGGUAUUGGUGUAGCUGGGCCUCCACCACCACCACCUAUGGACCCGGCGGCAUAUCCGCUUGUAACACUAGUGGAAUAUGCGCAGACCAUCACGCAGCCCAAUGCUCUUCUCACACCAGUGUCUCCGAAACCUUUCUCUCAAGUGCAUGGCUCAGCCUAUGAGGCUUUUCUCAGCCGGCGACUAGAUAAGACUCCCUCGGUUCGCGCUGCUUGGGUUACAGUCGUGGGGCGAAUUCUGUUGACUUCUGCCGGGGGUUCAGGUCUCAGUGAGACUGAAGAGCAAUCUCUCGUUGACAGUCUAUCUUCAAUGCUUCGGGAUGCCGAUGAGAAGGUUCGCGUCGCCGCCGUCGAUACUGUUGGCCAAUUUGGUCUGUCCCAUAUUGUUCAUAAGCUGGGCAUGAAGGGCGGUUGCUCCACGGAGAAUUCAUUGCUUGCCGUUCUUGCAGAGCGAGUCAAAGAUCGCAAGCCUCAAGUUCGUGAGCAUGCUAUGAAAAUCUUGGCUCGUAUGUGGGCGGUGGCUGCCGGGGACAUUGAGCAGAACACAGAGCCCGUGGUAUCUCUCUUGAAGGAUGCUCCGUCUAAGAUAUUUGACGCUUUCUAUACCAACGACCAGGAGGUCCAUAUGUUGAUUGACCGAGUGCUGUUUGAGACUCUGCUCCCGCUUAAUUACCCACCCGUCAAGUCCAAACUUUCUCGUUCUAGCUCGAACCAAUCACAGAAGCAGAAGGAAAAUGCGGCUUCUGAAGCUGAUCAAGAAACUGAUGUUGAUAAGAUUCGCGUUCGACGGAUUCUGACACUGCUUCGUGGCUUGGACGAAAAGGCCCGACAGGUGUUUUUUGUCAUGCUCACUCGUCAAAUAUCUAUGAGGACUGCCAUGACGUACUACCUGGAGGCGUGUGAGAAGUACAAUGGUGGUGUCGUUGAUAAGGAUGAAGAUCAAGUCAAGGCUCAUCUCUUGAAAGUCAUCGACUCGUUGUCCAAAACCUUUCCUGAUGCCUCUCGUGCAUCUGCGGAUUUAUGGAAGUUUGCUAAGGUCCAUGACAGGCGUAGUUACCAGUUGAUCCGCUUUGCUAUGACCGCUGUUAGCGACUACCGCACGGUAAUUAAGGCUAUCAAGGAACUCCAGCGACGAGUACAAAAUGCCAAUAACUCUCCACUGCUCGAAACCAUCACUCCACUACUAUACCGUUGUGCCUCUCUGGUUUUCAACCGGAGUCACAUCCCGGCAAUCAUGAGUCUAUCUCGGACAGAUGAAAAUGGGCUGGCCAAUGCGGCGCAAGAAAUGUUGAAGCGAAUAUCAACUCAGAAUCCCGAAGUCUUGGAGGCCCAGGUUCAGGAAAUGUGCAGAGAUCUCGAAUCUCAAGCUCCAAAGGCCAACUCGCCUGGUGAUGCUAGCACGGAAGAGAUUCUCAAAGCUUGUGCCGGAUUUGCCAAGAAACUCCCCGCGAAACUUCCAAAGGAGCGUAAAUUCUUGCAAGCACUCGCAAAUUAUGCUUUGUACAGCUCUUCACCGCAUUCUGCCAAACAUGCUGUCUCGAUUCUCAUGGCCACCGCCGACCGGAAAGAGAUGUAUGCAAAAGAUCUAGUCCAGAAAUGCGUCAAGAAGUGGACAUAUGGAUCCGACCACUUCCUCACUCGACUUGCCGCUUUAUCACAAUUAAACUUGCUUGCUCCUAGAGAAGCAGAUGAUGAAAGCGAUGCCAUCAUUUCUAUUGCCAUCAAUCAGAUUCUUUUGACCAACCGUGCUCCAGAGCAAGACCCAGGUUACAGCUGGUCUGAGACCACUGAUGAAGAGACCCAAGCCAAGGAAUGGGCUUUGAAGAUCAUUGUCAAUCGGCUCAGAGCCGAGAAUGGGUCGGAUAGUGAGACAGACUUCCGUGCGCAUGCUGAGCCCGUUUAUGAUACCUUAAAUAAACUGGUUGCUGGUGAAGGUGAAUUGUCUAAGAAAAAAGACACUCCUGAGGCUCAGAAAUCACGUCUUCGUCUCCUUGCUGCCAAGUCUAUUGUCAAGUUGUGUUCCUCUAGCGUUCUCUGCGAUCAGUUGCUGACUCCAGAAAACUUCAACUCCAUUGCUCUGAUGGCUCAAGACCGCCUUCUUCAGGUGCGGAGUGCAUUUAUCAGCCACCUCAAGAAAAAGCUUGUCCAACAGUCUCACUUGAGCCAUCGGUGGUACAUCAUCACCUGCUUGCUCGCUUUUGAGCCUAGUAGAGCCUUAAAGGAGAGCACAUCGACAUGGCUACGAUCAAGAGCUGCAUAUUACUCACAACAAGCUCAAGCAAGUGGAAAGCGGACAGAACAAACGAUGGUGAUGGAGUUAAUCUUCCCACGUCUUUUGUCACUGCUUGCAUACCACCCUGAUUAUCCAUCUGAUGAUUUGGACCAGUCAACCAAGCUCGGUGACUUGAGCGACUUCUCUCAAUACAUCAUCUACUAUCUUUCCGCCGUGGCCAACGAGCACAACCUAUCUCUGAUAUUCCAUGUUGCUCAACGCGUCAAGCAAUUUCGUGAUGGAAUUACCAAGUCUGACGAGAUCUCCACACGCCUCCACACAUUAUCCGACUUGGCCCAGGCCACCAUACGACGGUUCGCCGACAUCUACUCUCAACAACAUAAAUUCGGAGGCGGCAGCAGUGGGGCUACCAACCUCUUACAAACUUAUCCCGGAAAGAUGGGUGUUCCCAGCUCACUUUUUGCUUCUAUGAACAGCCACCGCGAGGCACAGGAUGUUGCAGACAAGAACUUCCUUCCCGAUGAAAUGGAUGAUCUUCUGGACCGUGUUGUACGGAGCGCGAUGAAGUCCAAGGGCUCGUCUCAUGGUGGACAGGGUGCCUCUGUCAAGAAGCGCAAGCCAGAAUCCACCGGUGCGAAUGGAAAUUCGUCUGCAUCGAAGAAGGCCCGUCGAGAAACAGACAAGUCUGUUCGUCGUCCCCGCAAGUCUACGUCCUCUGUUGGUGUGUCAAACAAGUCAUCAUCCAGACGGAAGCGUACUGGUGAUGAUGAAUGGCCGUCCGAUGCCUCUGGGGAUGAGAAGCCCACCUCGUCAUCUGCCCGCAGGCGCAGCAGCCGAGGCACCGGGAACAAGGGUGUCAGCUAUGCUGACAAGGACAGUGACGAGGAUGACAUGGAAAUGGAACAGUGGAAUAAUGCUCAAGAGGUCGAAGAAGAUGACGAGGAGGAUUCCGACGAAGAAAUGCAGGAGAGCGAUAAAGAUGCUGAGGACCAAGGCGAAGAGAAGGCCGAGGACGAGACCAGCGAGAAGGAAAAUUCGCCCCCGGUGCCCCCCAAGCGAGGCGCCAAGGCAUCCGAGCAGAAGAGCAGCAGCCGUGCAAAGAAGCCUGUCACAACCACUUUGCCCACACGUCGUUCUUCUCGUCGAGGAUAA